AAAUAGAUUCCAUAGCAGAGAUUUUCAUGGCCUGAGAGCAGGACAAGUCUUUCUCAAACUUCCGUUCUUUGCCAUCAGACAGAAAAACUUCAUGCACAGUAGAUUGGUGCUGGGGGAUCUGUUUCUGAAAAACUAGAAGAAAAACUUGCUGAAUUAUUCAAAGGACCUAAUAAGUGUUUUUCCAGAUCAACAUCGCACCAUGUGGGUAACAAACUUGGUAUCACUUGUUUUUCUGGCCACGGCGACCUCGGCUGCCACCUCUGCGUCAGCAGACAAAGUGUUGAGCAAUCACGCCUCCAUCCUGGCUGAGAACAGUGCCAACCUGGCCUUCAGCCUCUAUCAAAACAUGGCAAAGGAGAAAAACAUGGAGAACAUCCUCAUUUCCCCCGUGGUAGUAGCUUCCUCUCUGGGUCUGGUGGCUCUUGGGGGAAAGGCCUCCACUGCCUCCCAGGUAAAAACCCUUCUGAACGCAGCUAAAGUUAAAGACGAUCAGCUGCACUCCGGUCUGACUGAGCUCCUGACGGAGGUGAGUGACCCUAAGACCCGCAACGUCACCUGGAAGAUUAGCAACUGCCUGUAUGGACCCAGCUCUGUCACCUUUGUGGAUGGUUUUGUGAAAAGCAGCAAAAAGCAUUACAACUACGACCACGCAAAGAUCAACUUCAGAGAUAAAAAGACUGCCGUUAAAUCCAUCAACGAGUGGGCGGCCAAGUCCACCGACGGCAAACUACCGGAGGUCACAAAGGAUGUGGAAAACACUGAUGGGGCCAUGAUCGUCAAUGCUAUGUUUUUCAAGCCUCACUGGGAUGAGCAAUUUCAUCAUAAGAUGGUGGACGACCGUGGGUUCCUGGUGUCCCCUAGCUACACUGUUUCACUGCAGAUGAUGCACCGCACAGGUAUCUAUGGCUUCUAUGAUGAUUCACCCAAUAAACUAUCCAUUCUGAGCAUGCCCCUGGCUCAUAAGAAGUCCACUGUGGUGUUCAUCAUGCCCUACCAUGUGGAGCCUUUGGAGAGACUGGAGAAGCUCCUGACCAAAAAGCAGCUGGAUAUGUGGCUGGGGAAGCUGCAGCAGAAGGCUGUAGCUGUUUCUCUGCCAAAAAUCAGCAUGGAAGUCAGUCACAACCUGCAGAAACACCUCCAGGAGCUGGGUCUGACCGAGGCUGUGGACAAAUCCAAGGCCGACUUUUCCAACAUCUCUGGGAAGAAGGACCUUUACCUGUCCAGCAUGUUCCAUGCCUCUGCCAUUGAAUGGGACACUGAUGGGAAUGAAAUGGAUACCAGUGUUUAUGGCUCAGACAAACUCAAAAACCCCAAACUAUUCUACGUCGACCACCCUUUCAUUUUCCUCGUGAAGGACCAGAAGACGAGCUCCAUCCUGUUCAUCGGCAGGAUGGUCAAACCGAAGGGUGAAAAAAUGAGAGAUGAACUGUAACCAUGGGCUGACCUGGAUGUUUGAGAUAAAUGUCUGACUGCAUGAGUGUAGAUUUUUUAAACUGCAGAAUGCUGAGAGAUACAGAGAAUGAAAUGGAUGUUUGAUGCUGCAUGAGUGCACUCCUUUAUGUCACAUGCUGACAGCAUUCCAUAGCACACAGACAGGAUGUGUUCAACAUUUUCCUGUGUUUCAGGAAACAAAGCAAUAUGCGCACUGAAGAUUUUUAAAUAACAUGUAAUAUUAGUAGUUUUUAAAACCAGCAGAUUAAAGUAUAAACUAAUGACUUACAUUAAAAACUUUCCCGUUGAGGCAUAUUUAAGUUUUUUUUAUUCGCAUUUUCUGCCCAAAAUGUUAAAGGCAGUUUUUUUCUGUUUGUGAGUCAUGAAUUUGUGCACAUAAAAUUGUGUCUGUAAUUAUCAAAUCUUAAAAUAAUUCAUCUUCGUAUCAUUGCAUUCACACAGUAACAGGUCCCACUGUUUUUGGGUCUUAGUAAUGAUAUACCUGGUGCACACCCACCAAAAAACAUAUUUAUGGCUGAUUUAAUAAGUUUGAUCUGUUCUUCAUACGUGUGCUUGUGGUUUGAUGAUACAAAAGAUGAAUGGUCUGUGUUUUGUUUUUAUUAAAAGUGUGGAAAAGAGAGUUACUUUAAAACUAGACCCUUUCUCUUGCGCAUACUAUGUGACUCAUGUUCUGUCUGCUUGCAGUCCAGUGGCUUUUGUGUCUGAAAUAUUUAAUAUUUAAUGUCCACCCUGCUCUGCGUCAACAAAGGGUGCAAUUGGCUUUACAUUUCAUACAUUAUUUGGUGAAUCCCAAUUCAUAAAAUUAAAAUAUUUUCACACCAGCCAAAUAUUUGUGUACAUCCUGUUGGAUGGUGCAACUGCUGAAGUGAGUAAAACAUUUGCUAAAAGCUGCAUUAACAACCUCCCACAUGAGUGUUUUCCCUGGUUUAUUGUUGACAACAGCUCCAUAAACAGGUAAGAAUGAAUAAGUUCAUUAUCUAACGGGGAAAAGCUAUGAUGGGAUUUAAAUGGUUUAGGACUAGGCUUGAGGUCAUAGUACCUGCCAUUGUUAUAGUGCAUUCUUGCACAUUUUUAAAUUGAUAACACCACCUAGAGGACAUCUGGAUUUAUUACAUAGCAAUGACUAUCCCGAAAUAAAAUAACUGCAUAAUUUAUGCAAAAAAUUUUGCUUCUCACCUUCUACUUUUGUUGUAAUAAU